GGAGAAAGGGAAAAGAGGCGCUACCCAAGAAGGCCAUUUGUUUUUCUUCCAUCAUUUAUUGAACCCCAUUGCCCAUCAACGAUUUUGUUGUUUCUUCUUUUUGUUGUCAUCUCUCGCCAAUCCAACAGUCGGUCGCUUCGCACUCGGUUGGCUAUAUAGGAGGGUCAUCUUGUCAUCACUCCCGUCUUUUGCGGAUCCGUUACGACUCGCUUCGUUGUCCUUUUUGAGUUUUACGGUAAAGGGAAACCUGAUUUUCAGACAGCCGCAACGAGAGGAGAAUGGACAAGGUCGACACUGCUCACCAUCAUCCGGCAGUCACAAAUGAGCACAGUGCACCGUCGACAACUUCCCAACUCGAGCCUCCCUCUCAACGAGACACUUGCUCUCUCGCAUCCGCAACCGCCAUCGUUGCAGCUGCAGCUCCCAUAAAGAGGCCGCUGACUGCGAGUUCACAGCCGUCUCCAGCACCCAAUGUGGCUUUCACGACCUCUACAAAUCCGCAGCCAAGAAGACCAUCUGUUACGUUAGCUCCCGCACGCAAACCCGCAAACCCUGUCAUCACUCCAGGACUACGCAAAUCAAAAUCUAUCUCGUUCUUUGUUGAUUUGACAAGUCCUACCACUACAGCCGCCCUUUCUCCUCCUUGUUCACCUUCACUCGAAGACACAGCCGCUCCACCGUUGGCCGCGAAACGUUCGCGAACUCUUGACACUCCAUCCUCCCAUCCCGUACCACCCCGAUUUCCUCCAUUUGUUCGAAAUAGAGAUGCUUGCCAAGAGUUGGCCGCUUGUAUGGCUGCACGAUUGAUGCGCGCGGAGGCUCGACGAGCUCAUGUCCUUCAAGAACGUCGGUCUCGGCUCCGUCGUAGAUUUGAGCAAGUUCGAUAUAAGAUCUUGUUACAGCGUCAGAGGGAUCGACUGACGAGUCUGAAAAUACAAGCUCGCUCAGAGUAUGCCAUCUCCGCUGCAAACUUGAAGCGUCAGUUGAUUUUAAAAAGAUCAAUAGACCGCUGCGGGGCCGCGGUAGAGCAUGCCCAGACGGUUGCAAUGGUCCACAAGCUGCGAAAAUUUAUGGAAUUGCGUAGGGCGUUCUCGGAGAACUUUGUCCAUCUCCUCGCUCACUCUCAUAUGCCUGUGGGCGGAGGAGUGGAUACGGUACAGACGAUGAGCGCAUGUCACUCCUUUUCCCUCGGUAUGGAAGCGGAUUUUGACGACGAGUAUUACGAAAUGGAGGACAUUCAAAUGCAGCCACCAAAGAGUCCGAUCAUCGGCUAUCCUUCGCCUGCCAGCACCUCUCCCCACGUGGAGUCUCCGAGAGGAUAUGAAGCGACCUUGGGCGGAUCUGAUGGAGAUGCGGUUGUUAGUGGCUCCUUGAGGACGUCGACCACAGAUGCAGAAUCCCAUCCUUCAGAACGGGCCUAUUCGAUGGUAACAGAUUCCGUCUCUAGUCAACCAGCAGAUGGAAAUCAUGGUCAAUUUGGAGAUGCCUCACGAAUGGAUAUGUUCGACUCAUUGGUAUUAGGAGGGGAUGUUAUCGGAGAACGCCUAUCCGCAACCGUGCGAAGAUUGCGUGUUCUUCCUGUUUCGCUGGUGGAGGACAUGGAGGAAUCCGCAUAUAUGGAGUUACUCGACCUGCUCCCGCCCAUAACUCGAUUCACUUUGCGGGAGUUGGAACUGACAGAGAUCUUGUCCAAUGCUCAACUUCGACAUGAUCUGUUCUUUGACCCCGAACUUCAGUUCAAGCCGAAUUUAGAUGGCGAAAAAGGCGAGCAGAAACGGGAAGCGGGAGAUUUAUUUUGGACACAAGUCGAGGAAGAAGUUGACGAUGGCUACUUGUACCGCUUGCCGUUGCUCUUGUUCGAAAUUCGAUGCAUUAUUUUAGAGCUGCUCCCAUACUCACCCGAUCGCAGAGAUGAGGUUGAGAGAAACCUCGACGUGCGGCUAAUCGCUCAGCAGAUGCAACAUGGAGUAUUGAACCCGCUUGGGUUGGUGGAGUACAUUGCUACUCUUUUGAAAGCAAACUGUGCCCCUGCCCGUGAUGAAUUGGUAGACUCAAUGGUGCAAGAGUGUCAAGGAGGUAACUUUGUAAAGGCGUUACGGGUUUGCUUUGAAGUCCUUGAGUUGAUGAAAUUGGACUAUGCCAACCAUCAACUUCACCGAGUCCGCCCCUACGUCGUGGAACACGCGGCCGAUUUUGAAUGGCGUUGGUUUAAAGACCAGUACGAGACUGGCGCCAUGAAAUUGGAUGACACAACCCAGUGGUUUCAGGCCGCACGGAUUCGAUCACGGACACCUUCACCGUCAACAUCCAAAGAACAAUCUCCAUUGUCUGUUCAACACCUUCAUAUCUCUGCUACCCUUCACCUGAUUUCCCAAUCCCAUCUCCUUUCUCUGCCAACCAACGCCAUCGUUCUUCCCGAAACCCUCCGAAUGGAUGUCUCCCGACUUGUACAAUACUAUAACGAUUGGCAAGACAUUACCAUCAUGGCAGCUCUCCUGGUGCUUUUUAGACAGUCCAGCGGUCCGAAAUGUACGGCUGCAGAUCUCCGGGACGUCAAAAGGGUACUCUGGGUCCUUCUUAACGACAGCGAAACCAGCAUGCACCAUGUGACCCUUCAAAUGUGCGAAACGGCAGGUAAAAUUCGGGGAAGCCUCUUCUCACAACGCGAAAGCGACAUGUUGUCUGGACUCGUUGAAAAGACACUAUCGCCAGAGUCAAAGCUUUACGAAGUCAUUCGUGUCAGAGUAGGGACAGUUCUGGAACGGUUCGUCAAAGGCGAAACAGUGGAGAAAGCUGAUCUGCUCAAAGUUGGUCUGGCCGAGUUGGAAGAGGAAGUUUUGGAAUUGGGCGAAAGAAUCAAACGCCUGUUGGUGCACAAUUGGAGGGUAUUUGGAGGUGUAUAUGCGGUGAUUGCCGAGGAGCUCCAAGGUGGGGGCGAGGGUCUUGAGAAGGGGAUGGAGGCCGUCCUUAGGACAUGAGUUCUCCCAGCUCAUCACGAGUUUAUCAGCACCAGCUUUUGCGGUUUUUGGCCAUUCGUUCAGAGGCUCUUUGGUGCAGCACUUUUUACGCAUCUGUUUCGGAUAGAACUAUAGCUGUCGGCACUUUUUGUCUCUGUCUUUUCUUUUCUUGUACAAUGCAGUUAUAUUUUUGGUAAUCUAGGAAGACCCCGGUUGGAGGGUUAAGGACUAGCUUUCAUCAGCAGUGCAGCACAAACAUAACAUUCAGUCUUUUGGAAAUAGUGGCCAAUGUUUGUUGUGACGGCAAGAGAAAUGGUUUAACCUGGUAAUCACAAGUUGGAAAAUGAAACAGAC